AUGGAGCUGGACCCUACCGUCGCGCCGCGGAGGCCAUCGCUGCCGCCGUGGCGCCGGCUGCUACUGCUGCUGUUGCUGUGGUCGGGGCCGGCCCUGGGCGAGCGCCCUAUCGGCAGCAGCCUGCGCGGGGCGCUCCGCGACCUCCCGUCGGAGCAGCAGUUGCUGGAGGUGGAAGACCUCUCCUUGACCCUGCUGCAGGGCGGAGGGCUGGGGCCGCUGUUGCUGCCCCCGGACCUGCCGGACCUCGACCCCGAGUGCCGGGAGCUGCUGCUGGACUUCGCCAACAGCAGCACGGAGCUGACGGGGUGCCUGGUGCGCAGCGCCCGGCCGGUGCGCCUCUGCCAGGCCUGCUACCCGCUCUUCCAGCAGGUCGCCGGCAGGAUGGACAACAUCAGCCGGGCCGUGGGGAAUUCUUCAGAGGGCCAGAGUUGUGCCAGAAGUCUUUUAAUGGCAGAUAGAAUGCAGAUAGUUGUGAUUCUCUCUGAGUUUUUCAAUACCACAUGGCAGGAGGCAAAUUGUGCAAAUUGUUUAACAAACAACAGUGAAGAAUUAUCAAACAGCACAGUCUAUUUCCUCAAUCUAUUUAAUCACACUUUGACCUGCUUUGAGCAUAACCUUCAGGGGAGCGCACAUGGUCUUCUACAGACAAAGAAUUAUUCAGAAGUGUGCAAAAACUGUCGCGAAGCAUACAAAACUCUGAGUAGUCUGUACAGUGAAAUGCAAAAGAUGAAUGAACUUGAGAAUAAAGCAGAACCUGGAACACAUUUAUGCAUCGACGUGGAGGAUGCAAUGAACAUCACUCGAAAGCUCUGGAGUCGAACCUUCAACUGCUCGGUCCCUUGCAGCGACACGGUGCCCGUGAUCGCCGUCUCCGUGUUCAUUCUUUUUCUCCCUGUGGUCUUCUACCUGAGCAGCUUUCUCCACUCAGAGCAAAAGAAACGCAAGCUCAUUCUACCCAAACGUCUCAAGUCCAGUACCAGUUUUGCAAACAUUCAAGAAAAUUCAAACUGAAACCUACAAAAAUAUGGAGAAUUGACAAGAUGUCAUGUGGAGAAUGCCGGAAGAUACAACUUCAUCAGUAAGAAGAUACACUGGAAUUUGACAAGUCAAGUUCAAGGAAUGCAAGGACUUCUGAUUUGUUUUUAAAUAAGAAUUUUCAAUUUUUUUUUCCUUUUCCAUCUUUUUAAAAAAGUAUUUAGGUACUUUUAAUUUCCGGGCAUAGCAGUGUUGUUUAUUUUAAAGUGUAUUUGUUAUAAUAACAGAAGAUGCAAGAGCAAUCUUUGUUUUAUUUUGUAGGCAUAUUAUUACUAUUUGAGACUUCUGGUAUCUCCUUAUAAACAUAAAUAUCUCAAGCAGAAGAGUUUUUGAAAACUAAUAUUUAAAAAUUAAUCAGUUGCUGCAAAGACUUUGAAAAAGAAAUAUACUUGCCAAAAGGUGGCGGGUCCAAAGACUAAUUUAAAUUUCUCUUCAUUGCAGUAUUAUUAUUACAUAUGUAUUUAAUAUGUCACACAUUAAUAUAUAAUUCAAACUCUAGUUUUCCUAAAGUCACUUUUGAAACCACUAAUUAUAAACCUCCCUAACAAUUUUUAGAAGCGGUAAGCCACAUUACAUUUAUCUUUGAAAGAAGAUUUAUGGCAACUAGUUUCUUACUUGACUUUUAUAAAUAGUAUUUUACAUCUUA